AGUAAACGUCCUCGUUUCCGAUCGAACAAAGGGAAGUAAAGCCAAAACGUUUAUUACAAAUAUUUACUUUUUAUUUUUCCUGGACAGAAUUUAGAGUGUGAAAAUUGGGAUUGAAAUGAUUUUGUUAAGGUAUUUAGGUUAUUUAAAGUAGACAAGCUCAGAAAACCAUACGGCUUCGCCAAUCGGCAAAUCAUUCGGUAAAGUAUAAAUUGAACAUAGUAUAAUUAACUUUGAAGUUAAUUAAUUCACUACGCACUAUUUUACUUUUACAAUUAAUUUAAGUUAAAAUGACUCUGUCUAAAAUGACAAUUCAUAUUCAGUAAUAAUGACAAUGACUAAUGUCAAUAAUGAUAUCUUACUCUUAAUUUUAGUCUUAAAUACAAAAGUUACUAAAUAAUUUAGACCUAGUCCUAGGCACUUAACUUAGAUUAGACUUGGACUACUUGACUUCUACUUCUACUACUAACCUAUGAUUCUAUGAUGAAGUAUGAAGACUAUACUAAGGAUACUUUUAUACUAUAAGUUAAUAUUAUUAACCCUCUUGGGACGGAGCCUUUUCGGGGUGUAGGCCCUAUGUGCCAAAAAGACUUAGCACUUUUUACGAGCUCGGCACUCGCAUUGCAAAAUAAAUUAUAAAAAAUAAACUAUUUUCUAAAAUAGGCUUAUAAAACUAUAUAUAUAUUCUUGUAGGAAAUUGAAUGAACUAAUACAGUCAAAAUAUUUAUGAAUCGAACUGAAAUAUCAACACUUAUGCAAAUGAGCUACCCUGAUUUGCAUAAUUUAUGCAUGUAAUUUUUUGUUAAACCUAGAAUAAGCAAGACUUACUUCUACUUCUAUUUCUAUCAAUUGUGUGAAUUUUUUGAUGGAUGAAGCCUGAAUAAGUCCUAACACUUAUGUUUUUGGGAAACAAGGCCCAUGGAGGCCCUUCAGACACCUCUGGCACAUGGUUCUAUUCCUUUUCCAGCCUCCGGCUAUUUUUCAGUUGAUACAGACUACAGACACUCACUAUACAGACUACAGACACUCACUAUAACACAUGCCCCCAUUUAUGACCUAGGGAUUUACUCUUAAGCUGGAUGCUACUGAUAAAGUUGUCUGCAUAUCUAUUGGUCUCUCUCAUAAACAUUUGAGUGGUAUUUAGUGUCAUAUUAGCAUUAUUUUUUUUUUAAGUACUCAAAUGGGGUGCUUAUGCCUUAUUUGUAGGGCCUAUUUUGUCUAAAAAUUCAGAGGGGUCAUCUCUGUCCAGUUUAGGACUCCUAAUACUAAACCAAGAGUUCACAACAUUCCCAUUACCCUCAUUUUGAUAGUCUUCAUUAAUUUCCUGGUUGUUACCAUCAGUUUCUGUGUCAGAUUCACUGCUAGAAUAUCAAAAUCACUAAGGAUAGUUUGAUCAGUGUCACUGUCAGACAUUCUGAAAUUUUAUGAUAUUACUUGCCACUCACACAAAAAUUCCUGAACACAAUAAAAGCUAGUAAACUAUCAAUACAGGCCGCCAUUACAAUAAUGGGAUGUGCAGGGAUAUGUAAGAAGCAAUCUGAUUCGCUGGCACGAAGACUAGCCAGCCAAUCUCGAGGCCUGAAUUAUCGGGCCGAUAGAUCGGACAUCCGUCUUUUUCGCUACUCCCCCCUGGGCCGAUAGAUCAGCCUAUCCAUCCCAAGAGGGUUAAAUAAUAAGUAAUAAAUAAGACUACACUUAGUUUGUGCUUACUGUUGUGGGGUAGUCAUCAGUGUAGUACACUUACUUACUACUUAGCCUAAACUAAUUUAGUUAAUUAAGUAAGAUUAUUUCCGUUAAGUCAAGUAAUAAAGUUAUUUUUAUUAAGUCAUAUUUAAGCUUAAGAAGUAACAUGUCGUGGUCGUCCCAACCCCCCCCCCUCCCCCCCCCCAUUCCUCCAAAUCCCAGGCUGCAGUGAACAACACAUAAUAGUAUAAUUUCAUAAUAAUAAUAUAAUAUUUGUACAUUUUAUUCUAAUAAAUAUGAAUUAAAUAAUGAAGCCAAAAGAGUGCCACUCACCACAGUGACAUCUGUAGGCCUGACCCUAAUAUUUCUAGGCCUAUAAGAGGCUUUAAUAAUGAAUUAUAAUGGUAAAAAUACUUACUAGUAAUAUAUCUGGACUCAUUCAUAAUCACUGAUAAUAUAACUGGUGAUAUGUGACAUUGUCAUUGGUGCCCUUCAUGUAGUUCAGGUUUCAUACUCACGAUAAUAUUAAUAGUAAUAAUUGCAAAGGGCCAUAACUUGCUGAUAAUAUUAACCCAUGCCAAUGAGUUUGACUGUACUCAAUCUAAUUUUUUCUAGUCAACAAGCAGCCUUCUUCCUGGCAUUUUUGGGGCCUACUUGUAAGUCAGUCACUCUGCUGUCAACCAACUACUACUGUACUUAGUAAAAUAAGAGCUUAAAUACUAAACCAACUUAUCUGUUUCUCAAAUUGAGUUAGGCUAACUACUUAAACUUACGAAUUACUCCAAAAAUGAAAACUAGCAGUGCUAAGUCUAAAUAAGUGUUUAAUAUCAAUAGUAAUAAGCCUCGUCCUAAUUAUUUUAUAAUAUAAUUCUUUCAGACUCAUUAAAUUACACUUACCCAGCUUUGGUUUUGUUAAAGGUGGCACUUGAGUUUCUUCACCUGAUUGAUUUCUGCAGUCUUUAACAUUUGUGCUCUGUAAUUUAUUGCUUUUAACCUCCUAUUGUCUCUAUUAGUCAAUAAAAUUUAUAUAGAGUUAACUGCAUAUUACCUAAACACAAUGUUGUUCCAACCAUUGUCUUUCUUAGUGUUUAUUUCAGACAUACAGCAUGAAUUAUAUUGUUGAAUAUAUACAUACACAAAAAUGUAUUUUCCUUUCAUUGAUUUAUUGGUAAAUUUGUGUUCUGCAGAUGUAAAUAUGUAUGUAAAUGGCUUUUGCAAGUCCAAGUCAUCAAUUGGUAACCAGUGCAACUAUAUUGACUAAUAAUGCCAGCAUAAAUUAUGGCUCAAACAACCAGCAGCUUUUAGGUCAAAUAAAUACUGUUGGGGGCCAGGAUCAAUCGGGCCCUUUGGUCAGGUCACAGCUAGUAAGUAACAACGGAACGGUAAUAACAUCUGGUGUGCAGGAAACCUCUGACAACUCAUCAUACUCUGGAGCAAAAACAACCAUGAUGACGUCAGGAUUUAACUUGCAAAUGUCAGGACAUGAUGGUAAGCUUUAAUUUCUUUAAUUUCAACUCUCUCCCUCCCGCAUAGCCCUGUUUAACAUUUUAAUAUUUUAGGUUAAAGACACAGUCUGCCAGGGUAAAGUAGUAGGGUAAAGCUCUUUUGAAGAUAAAUAAAAUACUGAACGUUUUUAUAUAGAAAGCCUAUAUCAGCAGAAAAAACAUAGAGACAUUUAUAUAGAGAGAAAUAAUAUGCUACUAUUUUCUGCUUCUCAGCCAACGCCAACGAGUUUUAAUUUGUCCAGGGUCAUCCCUAGCUAUUGGUAAAAAGUUCCAGUCACUAAAAAUUAUGUAUUUGUUUGAUGCCUUGAGGAGUAAUGUACCAAAUCGACAAAGGAAUAUAUUUUGCAUACAAAUUAUUUCAAGUGUAUACGUAAAAUAUAAUUAACCAGUAUGUAUAUAUAAAGCCUGUCAAAACCAGUCACCAAGGCAAUAGCUUGUCUUACCUGUGUCACACUACCUGCAUCAUUUAAACAUAAUUGUGUAGUUUACAUUGCUACACGUACUCUUAAAGCUGCUAUUUAUUUUGAAAAUAGCCAUUGGGAAGUUAAUCUAUACUGCCACAAUAAGGCUCAAGGCGUUUAUGGUUUUAAUUCAGUUUGAUUAAAUUUUAAUGAAGAUGGCAAAAAUUGAUAAACUCCUGAUAAAUUGAUUUUAUUUAUUAGGUAUGAGAGGAAGUAAGAUGACUGAUUCAACACCCAGUCUAACAGACAUAACACUUGAACAGGCUGUGCAAAAGCUGCAAGAAAUAGAGAAUGAGAAUAUGGCUUUACGAGGUACCUUGCAUUGUCUGUAGAGAAAGUAUAUUCAACAGAAUAUUAUGAUACAGAGUUUUUGUCAUGAUGCUGCCUGUAAUUUCUUCAUACUAUUAAAUAUUUAUUAGAAAAUGUUUAAAAUAUGUAAAAAUUUGUAAAAAAUUUAAUUCUGAUUUUUAGAUAACCUUCGAACUCACAAUGCUGUUGUAAAGAAGCAAUACGAGGCCCUUGCUGAAUGGAGGAAAAAUGAAAAUGACAAAUUUGAAAAAACAAAGGCAUUGAUCACAGCACUGAGAGAGGAAAACCAGGAACUUCAGGUCAAAAUGAUGGCCAAGAAUGACAAAGAGGUUGUUACUGAACUCUUAAGUCGUGGUUGUGACUUGGUUGUGACUUUCUGCUCUAGCGGUUUUACAACUUUUUAUUUUAAUGUUAUAAUAAAACAUGUUAUUGCAAUUUAACCAAUUUAUUUUUAGAAAACUGUUAUUAAAUUUUUAUUAAUAUAUUUUUUGUAAAAACAAUGUAAAAAUAAAAAUAAAGGCAUUUCAUUUUUAGGAAGAAAAGUUUUUGCCCAUAAAAUAUUCUAAAUAUAUAAAUCUUCUAAAACAAAUUGCUUAGCUCCUUAAAUUAUUUGCACAAUUUCAGAAAGAGCUUUUGCAAAAAGUUCUUACCUUAGAGGAAGAAAAAGCUCACAUUCAACGCCAGAAAGCCAUCAGUGACCAGAAGUUGUUCAAUGUCCACAAAAUAGCUGAGGAUCAAGGUUUCAGAGGGCUGCCAAAUGAGGAUUUUGAUGCUGGGCAAGAGGCUGAUAAUGUAAAUGUAUAUUAAUAUAUUAUUUUAGCUAUCAUUUAAAAACUAAUAUAUUUUUUACCAUUUUAAUAGCUUAAACUAAAAUAACCUCAUCUCAUCGAUGGCUUAUUUCAACUAUUCCAGUUGGUAUUUGUCUCUACAUCUGAAAAAGAGGAAGUUAUAGCUAAAAUGGAGGAUGAUCUGGCUGCCAAAGUAGAAAUUAUUGAUCAGCUAAGGACUAACUUGCUUAAGGUAAUUUAAAAAAAUUCAAUAUUGCAAUUUUUUUUGGGGUGCUAUAUUAAUUUUCUUUAAAAAACUAAUUUAAUUUAAGAAUAUUACAAAGCCUGAAGAUAUUAGUGGCAUAAAAUAUUUUUAAAAAAUAGGUCAAAUAGUAGCUUUCUUAAACUAAAAUAAAUUGCUUAACAGUUCGUACUAAAUUUGUACAUCUCUUUAUUAUCUGUGUCUCAUGAUCUGUCCUUUGUGUAUUAUUUCAGUGACUCUAAAUUAUGUUUUUGGGAGUAGGUAGAGUGAUUCUAUUUGUCAAUUUAAAAGCAGUGCAACAUCUUUCAACUCUCACCAUCUCAGGUCACCAUGCUUUUGGAUUAUGUAAAAAGGCUAAAUUAUUUUGAUUCAAUUUAUUGUACUCAUUAAGCAGCUUUCUCCUUGGCACUUUUCUGUAAGUAGUAAACUACAAUACCAUGAGUGUAUUUCCUGCAGAAGUAUUAUUUCCUCGGUAAUCCCUUGGCUUCCAUGUUACAGAGUUGGCUCAAGGCUCUGUCUUAGGCCUAGUUAACACUUACCAAGAAUCACUCAACUAUGUCAUGAUAGUACUGUGGGGUAAAAAAAAAUGAAUCCCCUUUAGCUCAGGUCAAUCUUUCAACUCCCUCCCAAAGAAUUAAAUUCUUCACUACUAUUUAGUAGUUAAUCAAAACAUUCUUUACUUUAUUAAUGGGAUAUUUAAAACAAAAUAUUUUUGUAUUUUGUGAUUGUCCCAAUGAGACCAGAGUUAUUUUUCCCAAUUGUAUUUUUUUAUUAAAAGCAAACGGAAUUUAACGUAAAAAAUUAAAAAAAAUUUUAAAAGCUGAAGUGUAAUUACUUGUAAUGACUUGAAAAGCUUAUCUCAUGCAAUCAGGUGGAAGCAGAGUUGACUUCUAACCGUGAAACAAUGAAACAACUUCUUUUAGACAUGGAGUCUCAGCAGACAUUGAAAGUCACCAUUGAGGAAGAGAACAGACAACUGACCCAGCAAAUCAUAGCAGCGGAGGCAAAGCUGCAUAAACAAAUGGAGGUAAAGAUCUUUGACAAAGUAAUAAUCUUAGAGAUUUUAUUUUGGGAUCAAGGCCUCGACUAAGAGCAAAUGACUAUGAUAAAGGGAUAAAUUAGUUGAAUAUAUGUUAGUGUAAAUUACAAAAAAAUUUAAAAAGGAAGAGAAAAGAUGAAAUUUAAAAAAAAAAAUUUGCGAUGAUAGUUGUGUGGCUUUCAGUUGAGCAAAUUUUAAAAGCUAUUUAAUUUGGUUGGGUCAAAGAUCACCCUGAAGAGCCAUUUAUUUAAUGUUAGAUUUAUUCUUUGUUAAAAAUGUGUUGCCUUCCCGAUAUAUUUUAAUGGCCAAGUGAUUAAAAGAUCUUGUUUUAAAUUAUAGUUAUUCAGAACCAAACUUAUUAACAAUUUAAAACCUAUUGUAAUUUUGAAAAAAAUCACCUUGGUGUUGAUAUAAACAUGUACACACCAACUAAGAUACACGUGUGGAAAGAAAAAAAAUUGCAUUUAGUUUUUAAAGUCAAUGAAAUUGAAUUUGAAAAAAAUGUGAUGGUUUCAAAUGUGAUGGUUUCAAAUGACCUUUUGGUAAAUAUUUUAUUGUUUUUGUUUUUUUAAAUAUAUUUUCAACUGUGCCUAGUCUUGGAUGGCCAUGACUAAAAGAGAAAUGCAAGCUGAACAGAUGUAUUCAAACCAAAAUGCUGUUACAAAAUCAGCCCAACAGCAAAGUGCAUCAGAGAGAUUUGAAAAAGGAGAUGAGGCUUUAUUCAGUUUCCCAGAAAAUGUGGAGGAUUUAAUGAACAUUGCAAAAUCUUUGGAGGUUUGUGUUCAUUGUGCAACUUCCUGUUUUUGUUUAUUUGCUAGAUCAUUGGAAUGUUAUUUUGGAACUCUUAGAAUCAGUAUAGUAUUAAUUACUAGGUCGUUACCAGAGCAGCAGUUUCCAUCCUGCCGGUUGUGACCCUAAAAAGGGGGCGGAUGUUGUUUUUUUGGGGGUGGGCGGGGUGCAGGGAUGCUAUUUCCAUUAAUUAUAAGAAAGAUGUAGUUUUUCAUUGAUGAAAGCCUGGCAGUUGUAUUUGUUUUUUUUGAAUAUGAGACAAUAUGCAUAUUAGCUCAAAUUUGUUAGGAGCCACUUACCAGGGCAGGAAUAAUUCACCACCAGAACAAUGUAUAAUUUUUUUUUAAAAUGACGCUAAGAGUGAACUUGUUUUCUGAUUUGUAGUUAAAUAAGUUUCUAAAAAGUGUCUGUGGCAUUUCUUAAUUUUAAUUGCAGAUAAAAUGCGAGAAAACUUAUCCUUUAAUGAGGUUAUUAACAUAAAUUUCUAUUUGACAGGCCAAGCAGAAGGAAGAAAGGACAGUUCAGGCACUCCAUGUAGAAUUAGAUGAGUAUAGAAAGAAAAAUCAGUCCUUGCAGGAAGAAAUGGAGAAAAUAAAAACUCAGGUGAAUUUAUAAAACUAGAAAUGUAAUAACUCAGUCUUCAUUUAAACCACUAGUUUUAAGCCUCACUACUCACGCCUGACACAAUAUUUUAAGCCCCACUACCCUCGCCUGACACAAGAUUUUAAGCCCCACUACCCACGCCUGACACAAGAUUUUAAGCCCCACUACCCAUGCCUGACACAAGAUUUUAAGCCUCACUACCCACGCCUGACACAAGAUUUUAAGCCCCACUACCCAUGCCUGACACAAGAUUUUAAGCCUCACUACCCUCGCCUGACACAAGAUUUUAAGCCCCACUACCCAUGCCUGACACAAGAUUUUAAGCCUCACUACCCUCGCCCGACACAAGAUUUUAAGCCCCACUACCCAUGCCUGACACAAGAUUUUAAGCCUCACUACCCACGCCUGACACAAGAUUUGAAGCCUCACUACCCAUGCCUGACACAAAAUUUGAAGCCUCACUACCCAUGCCUGACACAAAAUUUGAAGCCUCACUACCCAUGCCUGACACAAGAUUUGAAGCCUCACCACCCUCGCCUGACACAAGAUUUGAAGCCCCACAACCAACGCCUGACACAAGAAUUUAAGCCCCACAAUCCACUCUUGACAUAAUAAUAUUUUAAUCCUUCAGAAUUUCCAGCAUACUCUCCUGGCUGUUACUAAAUAAAAUAAUCACACAAAAUGUCAAUAGUUGUUUUGGAAGUGAGCUUUUACCACAUAUCAUGGCUGUUUUUGUGUUUUUUUUAAGUUGAGGAACACUUAAAAUUGUCAUAUGCUAAAAUUAUUUUUUUUUUACAUAAUCAGAAUGUUUACUGUCAGUGGAGCUUUAUUUGAUAUUCUGAAAAUGAUUACAUACAAUGUAAUCAACACAUUUUCAUUUAUUGGGCUCAAUAAAAGAAUUUUACCAUAUCUUUUAAAGUUUUCAUUAAUGCAAUUAUUAUUUUUGAACAGUUCAAAGAUUUGACAGACCAACACAGGGAGACUGUAUCUCUACUGAAAGAGGCACAAGCUCAAGGCAAGGAAGCUGCUGAUAAACUUUCACAAGAAUAUGAGCAGAAACUGAUGGAGAUGGCUAAGAACAGACCUGACAACAGGGUAGGUAGAACUGUAUUUAAAGUUGUGCUUGUGGCACUCUUGCUGGUCAUCUCAAGACAUGUGAUAAGUUUAAAAUGGAUUGAUUCGUCAAGCAUUCUUUGCCGCCUGACCUCCACAGUGAUAGAAAUCUAAGAAUUUCUAAUAGAGCUACCCCCUCCCACCACUCAGGUCGUCGGACGGUUACCUCAUUGGAGUUGCUGCAGCCUCCAUGAACGCUCCAUCUCCAACACUUUCAGGCUAAUCUAUUUUCUGUGACAUUGCCUAUGUUGGGCUUGACUAUUGUCCUAGAUUUGACCAUUUUCUUUAAAUGAUUAUAACAUUCAAAGAUGAGAACUGACUAUGUUAAAGUGUAAACUUAUCUUAUGUAUGUGUUUUAGAUGGAUGCCUCCCCCAGGGUGCAGCAUUAUGCUAAUUGUCUGUGAUCAUAACUUCUUCCAGGCCAUCCAAGCUAGUGACACUGAAGAUAUGUCCAUACUGAGAUCACAGGUUCUCACCCUGAUUCAAGAGGUUGAUGAGGCUCAGAAUAAACUCUCUGCGGCCAUGGAGGCCAUCAACAUGAAAGAUACCAGGUGGGUAUAGCCAGACGCUCCUCUGAUUUGGGACGAAGUAAUGAUCGUAUCAAUACUUGGUGAACUCUUGACACAAAAUGUUUGAAAUGGAUUUGAAAGUCAGAAAGUUCUUGACCCACCUUUGACAGUGUAUCACUCACCACUACAUGCAGACAAAUUAACAUUGUGAUGACACUAACAUUUUUGCUUAGUUUUAACGUGUCUGCAAAAUUUGUUAAUUAUAUUGUAAUAUAAACUAUGUGGAAAAAAAAUGCGCAUUGGCCAUUUUUUUUGUAUUGCACUAUUUCUUGUUAAAAAUUUGAGAACAACCAAGUCUGUAACACUGAAAUCCGUUGGGCCUAAAAAAGUUUAAGUACGUAGAUGAGAUGGGAGGAGUUAUUAAUUGUAAACCAUGUUGAAUAAUUAUAUAUCUCUUCUGUAUCUAUCAUCAAUGAAUCAACUGUCCCUUCCCUGGGUUGUUUUCGUCACUUUUUUUACAGCUCUAAAGCAAAAUGAAUGAGUUAACAUGAACUUGGGACUUUAAACAAUUUUUAAACAGUGGAUAUGUGAUGGUAUUUGAUGGUAUGUGAUUUAAAUUGAAAUCAUCUUAAAAUUUAUUGUCAAGCUUGUAAUACUUGAUUUAUUCUGAUGAAUUCUCUCUCUGAUAAAUUCUGUCUCUGACCUAUUGUGUUGACCAGGAUAAGAGAGCUCGAUGAGAUGAACUCCAGAUUGAGGCUGGACUACCAGAGACACUGGCAGGAGUCCACCACACUGAUCCAGCACUUGAGGUCACAGAUCAAUCAGCAGUCAAGGGCCGAGGCUGAGAACUUGAGCAUAAAGUGAGGCUGCACUUACCUCCCCUUAACUAAAACCCAUUCAGAUUUCACAAGCCAAUGACUUAAACUUGGCCAUGUUUUAAACCUGAAGCUUUUUUUAUUUUAAACUGUCAUUGGUUCAAGGAUUGAAACAAAUUUAAUUGUAAAUGGCAUUGAAAAUUUAUCAUUUCCUAAAGACCAACCUCUACACAUUGAAAUGUAACAUAAUAAUAUCUAUACCUUUAAACAAAUGUAUAAUGAAUAACACAAACCAAAUAAGUUAUUGACACCCCUCCUACCUCUCCCAUCCCCACUGAGAGCCGUAUUGCUAUUUAACACAGUAUAAUCAUUCUCUUGGACAGAAACCAACACCAGAAGCUGCAAGAGUCCUUCAGUAAGCUAGUGACAGACUACAAGGAGCUUCAAGAAACAUUUGAAGUUUACAGGGUCCAAAUGGUGAAUAGUUUUUCUUACUUGCAUUUAGACUCAGUAAGCAACACAUAGCUUUAUAGCAUCUAACUUAUAUGUGGCAGUGGCAGGUACAGUGGUAACAAAAUAGAGCAUCUAACUAUUGAUGAAAUGAUGUUUUAAAAAUUAGUAAAAAUUGUUAAAUUUAUACGUCUGUUUCCUUUGUAGUGAAAUAUACAACAAUGGCAUUUCGAUAAAAAAUAACUCUAAACUUUAUUAAUUGAGUUUUAAAUUUAGUUUGGAACCUUAAAUGUAUCUUCCCACAACAAGAAAGUUCCUAAGAUAUUACUUAAAUCUAUAAGUUUUAAGUCAUCAAUGUUAAAAAUAGGAAAUAAAACUCUAAUCAUUACUGUUAUGUCCUGUGGGUAUAUUAAAAAAAUUGAUAUAUAUUUUAACAAUACCCAUACUAAAAGGGAAAGUGUAUGAAAAUUGCUAAUGCAUUUCUUCACCUUGUAGUGGAUGAACUAAAUUUUAGUUUGAAUUUUAUCUCUUGACAGGAACGUCAGUCCUCCUAUCCCAGACAACCAAGCAAAGAAGCAAUGGAAGAAAUUAACAGACUGACUGCCCAGGUGAUUGCGGGUGAUGAAGCCAUUGCCUAUAGGGAUGAACAGAUAGAAAAACUCAAGCAGAGGUCAGCACUGGAGUCUCAGCAAGAUGAAGAGAUCCAGCUGCUGAAAUUUCAGGUGAAGAUGAUUAAUGAGGAAAAUUUUGUGGGCUUAAAAUAUUCUAGGAAAAAGCAGAAAAAGGUAUGUGGAAGAUUGAAAUAGACCGUACAAUAAAAGAACAAUGUUUCCGCUAAGAACCUUCCGAAGCAGACAGGACAAAUUAAGAUAAAAAUGAAAGUCCCAUAAGUGGUGGCCAUUAAUGUUGUUGCAGGAAGUUGGGUUUUUCAAAACCAAGAUUACGCAGGAAGUAAAAUAUUUUAUGUAUUGUAAUUGUUAAUGGGAAAAAUAAGAUUUUAAUGGACAUAAUGUUUUUUUUUAUCUUUGUAAAAUUUAAAAAAUAAGAAAAGAAACACAAGGAAAUUGAGGAUCACUAUUGAUUACUUCCAUAUGGUGAUAUUGUACAGAAAAGAUGAAUUAAUUUGUUUUCCUUUGUAACUCUCACUGGUGUGUUAGUGCAGGAAAUCGGUGCCUUGAUGGAAACAUCUGAUAUGCCUUGGCGUUUAUCUGGGAUGAGACCAGGGAAAGUUUGCCCUGUUAAAUGUCACAAAGAUGUUCAGUGAACAUAUCCGAUAAUCUUCCUCCAGAGACCAGGGAAAGUUUGCCCUGUUAAAUGUCACAAAGAUGUUCAGUGAACAUAUCCGAUAAUCUUCCUCCAGAGACCAGGGAAAGUUUGCCCUGUUAAAUGUCACAAAGAUGUUCAGUGAACAUAUCCGAUAAUCUUCCUCCAGAGACCAGGGAAAGUUUGCCCUGUUAAAUGUCACAAAGAUGUUCAGUGAACAUAUCCGAUAAUCUUCCUCCAGUUUGCCCUGUAUAACAGGAGCUGAGGAAUGAUCUUAGUAGAAAAUCUCCCCUUUUAUUGUCCUGUCUUUCUAUUUCAAGCCUGCACAUACCUUGUUUUGCCAUUUCCUUCUCUCAGCUUGAACGCAGUCCUUCAUUUACUGUGUAAAUAUUCUACAAUAUUUUUUUCCCCAAAAUUGUUAAUCUUAACUAGAUUACUGUAAUUUGUUUGGAAAAUUGAAAAUUGAACUAAGUUAAAAAAAAAAGUGCCAAAAAAAAAAAUAUUUUUUUGUCCAAUAGGCAGAUCUGUAUAAGAGUGACUUUGCUGCUGAGAGGGAAGCAAGGACAAAACUUGCUGAGGAGAGGACAAAACUGCUAGAUGAGCUGCAGCAGCUUCAAGAGUACAAUAGGACCCUAAAGGAGGAGCUGGAGGGCUACAACCAGAGGCAGAUCAACGACAUGCAGCGUCGACUCCGGGAUGGGAGCAUGGUGGGUUUUAAACUUUUCAUGGCUGCUUGCUGAACGAUGCAGAUGGAGAGAGAUCAUUCUCAGUGCUCAAUAAAACUAUGAACAAACAGUAGAAAUGCUCAAUGGCAACAUAAACACAUGUGUUUUAACUGUGAAAUUAAGUCACUUUUUUGGGGGAUUCAUAACUAAUCUUAACACUAGAUUGAUGGUAUCCGAAAAAAGUAACUGAAAAAUAACUAAUUUUGAUCAGAUUUUCAAUAUUUUUGUUGCCCAAUAUUUUAUUUUUUUACAGGGCUUCAGCGAGUCACUAUACAUAGUUUUGACUUUAAGUGGUUAGCGUGUAUGACUUUUAUCCCUAAAAUUAAAUCCUCUAGCAGUUUUUCUGCGUCACAAAUUUAACAUUUAAAAAAAAAGCUGCUUCUGAGCAAACCAAUUUUAUUGUUUCAAAUUCUUGUCAGAAUCAGGCUGGAGAUACUGCUGACAGAUUUAGAACCACUGUGCCUCCAAGCUAUAGACAUUCAGGCUCGACUUGGAACCACAUCCAGGUAUUAAUAAGUUUACCAGCAUUCUUUCCAUAAUCAUGUUGGCGUGCAUUGAUUCAUGACUCUAUGUUCAAAAGCACAAAUAUGUUUAUAAUCUACAGAAACAAAUCAUUAAGGAAAAUAUUACUUUUUAAAUUAUAUAAAUUUGUAUUCACAAGACAGUUCUAUUAAAUAAAAGGUUUCUAAAUGUAGUCAUUUUGACCUUUAACUAAAUAACUCUAUUAAUGAUAGACCCUUCUUUAUGGAUGUGGUCCACAAACUUGAGAGAAAGCACCAUUUACCCAAAAACAGAGAGACGCUGAGGUUGAUCACAGAAAGAUCAAAAGAUCAUCACAUGAAAGCUUCGAGUCUUUCAAUGCUGGACAUGUUGGAUUACCCCAAAAUAAAAAAGCUGACCGUCGAGCGAGGCAAGGGUUUACCCAGCCACAACCAAACUGAUUGAUAACCCAAACGGGGAUAAAAUUGUGGUUAAAGACCAUUUUCAGGGAAAACGGUUUAAGAACUUGGUAAACUGAGACAUGGCUCGAAAGCUUAAAGGAACAUGCCACACACACCUCAAAAAAGGGGAUCAAUGGUAGAAAUUAAAAUGCUCUCCCCAGAGCCUCAUUACCCAAAUGAGAACAGAAGCCUGUUCAACUUGUAGCUAUUUAAAUAGGUUAAAAUUAUCUUCGGGACCAAAGCUGCCGUCACUGCGGGCAGGUCCAGAGACAAUUGUGCUCUUGCCGGCCAAGCACCCAACACUUAAUGAGUGGCCGAGUUGUCAACAAUUUCUUUUACAAGGAAAAAUAUUAAAAUGACAAUCACAAUAAAAUAAUGUGGCCCUCAGUAAAACUAAAACAUAAUACAGUUAAUUAAUAUAAAAUUGCAUAUUUUGUUCGAUAAAGAGUUAAACUUUAACCUCAUUAAUUUUAUUUGUGUAGAAUUAGUACAAGUGAGUCAAAAAUCCAUCUCAAAGACAAUAAAAAUAGGAAAAAGGGCCGAUUUUCCCGGUUUGGACUACCUAGAUUAAGGAUAGCGGGGAUGUUGACUGUUUUCUCAUCUAAUAAUCCCUGGAUUUUUAUCGGUCUUUGUCUUAAUUUUUUAGGAGAAUCGUACAAACUUAGCUCAAGGAGGACCACGUCCUGAAGAGGAUGAGGAGCUGCAGAGUUUCCAACAGUUUGAGUGUCCUAAAUGUAAUGCCCAGUUCCCAGAUAUUGACUCCUUACAACUGCAUGUUCCUGACUGCAUAGAUCAAUAGUGACGAGCUAGACGGUGACAGAUUUGGUUCUAUGAAUUGAAAGUGCCACUAUGGUUUCACUAUAUAUAUACAUGAUGUAAAUACAGAGUAGUUUUAGUUUUAUUUAUGACAAGACAACUGGGCUGUGAUAGAGGAUUGGAAUAUGCGAUUUAAAUACAGUUGUUAAUUGACUUUAUAUUGCUUGUCAUAUUUCUCAUGAACAUGGUUCCUCAUCUGAAACUCCCAAAGUAGUUUGCAAACUUUUUAAAUUUUUUUAAAUGGGUUAUUGACUUCUUUUAAGUGUUGAAGAAUCAUUUUAUUGAAGCAGUCAGUGGAUGUUAUUAAUGAUUUGUAAUUAAUUUUAAGCAAAUUAACCAACUCUUAAAAUCUGACAUGCUUGUCAGCUCCAUCUGUUACAUUUUGAUACCAGCCAAUGUAGUAGUAGUAGUUCUUUAAAUUUAAAAAUAAUUGUAACAUGUUAAAAUAUUUUGGUAGUUUUAAAAAUAUUUUGGCCAUUAUUCUAUUUUGUUAUGCACAUUUUUUAUAUAAAACAUUGCAAUUAAUCGAUUGAUUAUUUAAAUUAACAUUCAGUUCUCCGAAAUUUCAUUCUAUCCCAAUGCAAUGAAUAUUGAGACAUUUUGACUUUAAGAGUUGACCUUAACUCUUGUAGAUAAAUUUUCAUAAACUUUAUAAUUUAAGAUUACUUUGAAUAGGAUUCAUCAGUAUUAUUUGGUCAUGUACUGUUAUCUUUAUGUUUGGCAUUGAACAUGGUUGAAGCCAAUUGUCAAAUUUUAAAAAAAAAUGUUUUUCUGAUAUUUAUUUUAAAAGAUUGGUACCCUACCAGAAUUUCUUAUAAUUUUUUUCAUCUCCCUGAUUCAAGUGCAGUUUUUAAAUAAAAAUAAUGUCACUUCUUGUUAUUUUAAAAAACAUGUUUAAAGAAUUAAUGUACAGUCAGUAGAUGUUUCUCAAAAUAUCUGGUCCAGUUGUUUUUUUAACCUAUUUAGUUGAAAACUCAAAUUUGUAAAUGUUAACUGAAUGAAGUAGAAAACUCCACAAAGAAAGUUGAAAAAAGUUACCCUCCAAACCUAAGUAUGUGUUUCAUUUAUCAAUACGGCAUAACUUACAGAUGCAAUCACCAGUUGUAGAGGGUGACAAAAGGUUUGGGGAGGGUGACUAAUGGUUUGGUUGUGAAUGAGAGCUUGGAAAUCAUUAUGGAAGACCCUAAAGGACAGCUCACCUGACUGACCACACAAAAUGUCUUGUGUUAUGUACAUUUAAUGCUUGUUGACUUCUGUUAAUUUCAUAACUGUUUAUUUAAUAGAGUUUUGUUGCAUGAAGCUGUAAUAAUUUAUGGCAGGAUUUGCAUUGGUUAUUUUAAUUUCAGAGCAUUGUAAGAUAAAAUUUUGAAAACCGCUAGUCUACGCCGAGCAACUUAGUUGUCAAGCUGUUUGAAAUUGAGCCUCAUGGCAUAAAUAUUUUCUGGUUAUGUUUUAUAUCAAGACAAUGCCAAUCUUUACACUAUACAUUUUAGACAUUUAAAACACCAUUAACAAUCAUGUAUGGUACCGGUAUAUAGUAUAGUUACAUUUCAAGUCACAGAAAGUUGCCGGUACUAUAUAUUUCAUACUUUUAAUCUGUAUUAAUUUAGAUGGUAUGUGCAAAUUGGAAAUUGCUGAAGUAAAAACUUUAAAAAGUUGAUUAACAUAUUUUUAAAAAAUAUUUUAAAUUGUUUCUUCUUUUAGAUCAGCUUUCAGAGCACUUUAACUUACUUUAAGUUAAUAGUAUCAUAACCAGAAUUUCACCCUAUUCUUUGGUAAUUCACAUUUGUUGUAAGACUGUUCAAUCAUGUCCUUCAUAAGAUGUCUUCUGUUGCUUUAUUUUGGAAAAUACAAUGCAUUUCUCAUGAACUUUAAGUCAAAGUUUAAUGUCAAAUUUCAUUUCCAGUAAUGGUUUGAAUUUGCAGCCUUGAUUUUUGAAAUUUUUUUAAAGAUUAAGACUGUACCAUACCAUAAAAAUUAUGUGUGUAAAUAUAUUUUUCUGUCCCCUGAGUAAGGCUGUUAGAUAAAAAGUUAUUGCUUGUUAUUUUCUUUAGUAAAGUUACACCCUACUUCAUAAUACCUGUAUUAUACUUUGUAUCUUUGAACAAUGGACUUUAUGUAUAUUGACAUUGCAAAUCUUAAAAUAAUUUUUUACUCAUAAGAUUACAUUUAAAUGAUUUCCCAAUUAUAUAAUGAAUUGUGAAUAUUAAUUGGGGCGUUACUAGGGAAAAAAAAGUAUCACACAACUUAAAUCAAAUGAAAGUAAAAAUCAUAUUUUUCUGUACUUGUAUAAAAUAAAGUUGAUUUGUUUUCCUAUUACCAUAUUGAUUGUGCUGUACUGUGUAGAAAAAAUAUGAAGAAGAUGACUUUGCUUUAUUUAAACGUCAUUACCUUCUAAAUUUAUGUUUAAAUUACAAAAUCAUGACUAUGAAGAAAAGUAUCUAUUUCAGUGAAACCAAAUCAGUGUUUUAAGCUUUUGAAAUCAUUUUGUUACAAAUUUAAUCAGCUUCUUUAGUGUUUUAAUGCCAAAAUGGGCACACAAAAAAAAAUACAAUGUCCUAAAAUUGAGUUUUAACACAGUUUUUUAUGGUGUGCCUCAUUAAAAAGAAAGCAAAUAAGAUUUGUAUUUAUUGACAAAAUUAAAACAAAAACUUGUCACUUGUUC